AUGAAAUUCGUGAUACCUAGGCCGGGAAUAUUGCCGGAGAAAAUUCGGGAGAAUCUUCGAGUUCUAUCAUUAAACCAAUCGGUUAAUUCUUUAUCGAGAAGAAUUGAUGAUGGACUUCGCCAGAAAAAGGUGGACUUGACAACAGUCGAGACGUCGGACGGUGACGAGAUGAUUUCGGAAGUCCAGCGGUUACAACCAGACAUUAUCGUGUGCCCUUUCAUGAAGAUCCGCAUACCGAAAGUGCUGUAUGCCGACCGCAGCCGGCCUUGUCUCGUGGUCCACCCAGGCAUCGCCGCGGACCGCGGGGCCUGUUCUAUAGACUGGGCUAUAUUACAAGGCCGACCAAGUUGGGGUGUCACGGUCCUGGAGGCGUAUGACGAGAUGGACGGUGGAGCCAUCUGGAGCUGCGACUCAUUUACAGUCCCCGAUGACAGUACCAAAACUUCGCUCUACAACGGCGCUGUCGCAGACGCCGCCGUGACGUGUACUUUUGAUGCGGUUUCACGUUUUUCGCAGAAUGCUGAGCCUUUGGACAAAACGGCGUAUCGUGAACUUUUUGGCCUCUGCACUGGGACAAGGAAAAUGAAUCAUAGUGAUCGCAGGGUGGACUGGAAUACACCAGCGGAAGACGUGGCAAGAAGAGUGCGCAUGUCUGAUACAUCACCAGGCGCUAUUGGUCUACUGGAGUUACAUGGGGACGCACAGGAGUGGCGACUCUUUGACGCGCAUGUGGAGACCGGGAGGCACUCAAAGAUUCUCAGACAGGAACUGUCAAACUCGAGUCCUGGAACUCCAAUUGCAAAAAAGGACGGAGCCGUUUUGAUUUCAACAAGAGGCAGCUCAGGUGUCUGGAUUGGUCAAAUGAAAAGAUUCAACCAGAAUCCAUGUUUGAAGCUUCCCAGCUCUCACAUACUUCCGGUCCAGUUGCCUGUUCAAUGCGAGCCAUGUGAUUUUGAGGAGAUUAAGGUUGUACAAGAAGGAGACGUUUGUUACGUGUACUUCGACUUCUACAACGGGGCCAUGGAUACGGCCCAGGCCGUCCGUCUGCAGAGAGCUCUAUCAGAAGUGGCCGCCUUGCCUCAUAUCAAGGUUGUAGCUCUCAUGGGAGGGGAGCGCUUCUUCGCCACUGGUAUCCAUUUGUGCGUUAUACAGAACAGUGGGGAUAAACAGAGAACAGCGUCGGAAAAUAUAAAUGCAAUUGAUGACGUCAUCAAAUCCGUAUUUACAAUGAAAGACAAGGCAACUGUUGCGGUGAUGCGUGGCAACGCCGGUGCGGGAGGCGCCAUGUUAGCAACAGCUUGUGACUUCAGUGUUGCACAUCCGGGAGUAUGUGUGACCCCAACAUACAAAUCGAUGAACCUGCACGGGUCAGAAUACUGGACCUACUUUCUGCCAGAAAAGGUUGGACCAGAGAUGGCAAAACGUUUGGUAGAGAGCGUUGAUACACUAACGGCCAGACAGGCGCAUGAAAUUGGGCUGAUUGAUCACGUGAUCAAUGUGGACAAGAUUGACUACUACGAUGAAGUGAAAUCCCUUCUUCAUCAAAUUGCGCACAGCACUGCAGAUCAUAUUAUCCAGCAUAAAAUUCAAAAGAGGACCGAGGAAUGGUUUCGUCAGCUUGCUGGCCAACGGGAGUACGAGCUCUCAAAAAUGAAGAUUAACUUCCGGUCCUCUGAUUUCCUGAACGCCAUGCAUGACUUUGUUUUCAAAGUGCCAAUGAAAAGGACUGCAUUGGAAGAGAAACAGAGUUAG